AUGGAAGCCAAAGAGGGAUCAUGUAAUACUUUGACAACACUGUCAAAGAACUGGUCCCAGGCCUCCGGUUCUUCUCAACUCACCCCUAAUGACAAAUUCAUGUAUAAGGCCAUAAUACUUCAUCUAAGGGAUAUUGUGCAACUUAAAGAUAUUACUCAAUGUGUUACGGUGGCAAAGACAGACAAACUUAAAUCAUCCCACGGGGGUUGGUAUUACCAAUCAUGUCAUGAGUGUCCUAGGGUUGCCAAGGGACAACAACCACCAUACAUAUGUGGUGCUGGCCAUAAUACGGAUACUGACAUUUACAGGUCAUUCUUUACUAACACUUUCCAUUUAGACCUUCCAUAUCUUACAAUACUAUGUGGACAUAAUAAACUUGCAUAA